AUGGAGGACGAUGACCCCUGGUCAUGGUCGACUGACAGGAUAGUUCAAGAGUUUUGCACCGACCAACGAUCUUGGGAACUUCGCGCAGCCUCUACUCGUACACCGGACCCUGUGUUUUUAGAGAAAGCUUUUCGGGAGAAUGAAAUCACGGGAGAUAUCCUUCUAAUUGAAAUUGAUGAUAAGAGUCUACGGGAAGAUCUUCAGAUAACCAAACUUGGCUGGCGGUCUUUCAUUCGAUAUGGCAUAGAGCAACUUCGCGAACGAAGCGCGAAAUAUAAGGUCUGGUUGGAUAAAGAACGUGCUUCUGCUUUGGUUGCAGAGAGAUACAGUAAUAGCUUACCAAGUGUAUCUUCUCGUCCCGAUUUCAAUUUCACCAUCAAUUCGACUGUGCCCAUUCACAUGCCAUCUGGUAUUUCCGGCGUGCCAAAUAUCCCUAGUUUGCAACCUCUGAGACUAUUUACAGAAAAUGAGAUUGAAGGGCCAAAUUCCAAUUCGAGCCAAGGUUUCGAGAAUGUGUCUAUUUCCGAAGGAAACAAUAACAAGCAACAGAAGCUAGAUGAUAACACUCACGGCGCAAAUCGAGAUGGCCCAUUGGAACCUAACCAUUCUAACACUCUUUUCCUGACGCCCCCUCUUCCCCCUCCGCAUUCAGAAGAUGAAUGUGCGCGCAAACAAAUUCUCCUCGAAACUUCAUUGCAUGCUUCCAACGAGGUGCAACCUACCAAGACGCGCAAGCGCAUUGCCCCAACCCUCAUUACAACGGCCAUCGAUCAAACAAGAGAUCGCAGAAUACCCACCGAAGCUGACACUGUUCGCAUAUUCCUCCACUCACAACUCGAUCAGGGCUAUUUGGGUAAUUCGCGCAUGUCUGUAGACGAUGUUUUCUAUGGCAAAGUUGCGGCAGGUGAGCAAAUUCUGUCUGGUGAAAUGGCUCUUGAAUUUCAAGAACGAAGUUCAAUCUCAUUUGGCCGUCGUUUAUAUGUUCAUGGCUUGAUGAAACAUUUUCUUCGUGUUAGCCCGGAACUUUUCAAGCGAAAUAACAAGACCUUAAUGGCUAUUAAACCAUAUCGCUUGCAACUUGCCCCAAACCCUUCAUUCACUUUAUAUCGCUCUGGUUUGAAUACUACCGAAAUCACCCGACAAGCCUUGGCAUCAUGGCCCGAGAUCGAUCCGGAAGCAUACCCCAUUAGAUCUUCGAAUGCCGGGAAAUCAACCUUUGACUUUGAUUCGAAUGCGGAAGUUGAUCUCUUGGCGAAUGCGUAUGAGAAACCCGGUGCUCUGAGUAAAUACAAUAUGCUCAAGAAUGAUGAUGAAGAGUUACCUUUGUACGGUGAAUCUGGUUCAGAGAAUGGUUUUGACACCGAAACUUGGGAGGCUAUAGAUGAAGAGGCUAAAGAGAGAGCUGCAUAUAUCGAGAAGGAGAAACAAAAGAAUAAGUUUCUAACCUCGCAAGAAGUAGAAGCGGCUGUUGAUGCAGGUAUCGCAGAUCUUGUUUCUCAGUGGCAAGAAAUAAAGCUCCCCAAACGUCGUCAAAAAGCAUUCAGACUUUGGACGAAAUCACGUAAGACAGGGUCAAAGCAUGCAGACAUUCUGAAGGCUCAGCAAGACUUAAGACACCUUGUUGACAGACGCAUCCCCAAACUUCGGGAAAAUAUCAUACUUGGCCAGUGGUCAAAUGCGCACCAGGUAUUUUACCAAACCCGUGUCAUGGAGGCUACAAUUUUCGAUCGAGAGGAUUUGAUCUACACGAUCGCUCUUCUUCAGAAGAAGUCGCCACCUCCAAGAUUGGCAGCAGAUAUCCCUGUCAAACCAAAGAAGACUAACAUUUCCGGUAACGAGAGUGACUCUGGAGAAUCAAUACAUAGUGAGUCUUCUGCUGUCGAAAGUGUGCACGAUGUUGGCGAUUUUAUUGUGGAGGAACUUGACCUCGCCGAUGACGAAGAAGAUGUGACCAUGUCCGAUGAUAGUCUCCCAGAAGCUUCAAUGACACCAUCUCGACGAACAGCUCAACCAAAAUCUAAAGCAUCUGUCCAGAGUGAUUACGUCAGUGAAGAAGACCAUCACAUGACUUCGGUAUUUGAUGAGGAGGAACUCGAAUCACCCGAACCAAUAGAGCACUCCCCGUCUGAUCAAAUCAAGAGUGAGCCGAAAGUUCCGCUAUCAACAUGCACGCCUAGAAAAAAUCGUGUUGAAAUUGACUUGGUAACACCAGAGAGCAAUCGAGUAUCAAAGUUGAACUUGAAUCACAAAUCUUCAAGUCUUGUCAACCCAAUCGUUCUUUCGUCCGAAUCUGAUCGAGAACGCUUUUCCGAGAGACCUGUUUUAGAUCUAAACAACCUUCCAUCACUCACAACACCGGCAGCAGUCUCUCGAUUUGAAUAUGCGACUUGGGAGGAUUCUAAGGACCGAGACCGACUCAUCAUUACAGUUGUAGACAAGCUGCCAAAUCAAAUGCAGAAAUCACUCUUAGAGCUUAUUGCGACCAUGGAUGACGAGACAAAAUUAAGAGCUCGUGUAGAAGAAUCUAUAGAACCUGGUCACAAAACAAAGGGCUUGGACGAGCAGUCGGGCAAGGCAUUAUUGACUCUUAUUAGACUAUUCUGGAUUUUUAUUGAUUGCAAGUUUCAUCUCGCGGAUGACGGAUGGAUGCUCUUCGCUGCCAAUUCAAUCACUAGCGAUAAUUUUAACUCCCUCGGUCAUUUCUAUCGCCUUUGCAAAUCAUUACAAGAUUACUUCAACCCGAAAAUACGUCUGAAGUUUCCUAUGUCGAAAUUCUCCUCGGCGGUUGCAAUGACAUCUGGCGACGAUGAAGAUGAGGAUGGCGAACCUCAAGGUCCAGUCAAGAGAAAACGUGAAUCUGUUAGUAGUACAAGUGAUAGUGAGUUUUCUGAAAGAGAAGAUGACUCUCCAAGCAAAAAGAAAAGAAAGUUCUUUGAGGAUGCAAAUGCUCGGAACUUGCGAGAGCAAGAUAGAGCACGAGUAACUGCACAAGAAGAGCGUAAGAAACAACUUCGAGCUAGAUUGAGAGAAUCCGAUGGUGUUGGAGAUGUGGCACUAGAUCGCCAUAUUGUCAAUGAAGGUAAAUACAACUAUCAAGGUUACAUUUACGUCGAUGAAGAUAUCGGCAAGCGCAUAAAACCUCAUCAAUUGGAAGGUGUAAGAUUUAUUUGGAAUCAAAUCACUGCAGAUGGGGAGGCAACACAAGGCUGCCUUCUAGCACACACAAUGGGACUUGGGAAAACCAUGCAGACUAUUACUAUACUAGUCACACUAGCUCAAGCAGCAUCUUCAAUAGAUGAGUCCAUUUCGUCACAAGUUCCGGAAAGUCUUCGUGUGUCAAAAACAAUCAUCCUUUGUCCUCCUGGGCUGAUUGCCAAUUGGGUGGAUGAAAUUCUUACUUGGUCCCCAGAUGACAUCCUUGGGGACUUGAGACCGGUCGAUUCAGCGUCUGACCUUGGAAGCAGAUUUUGCACUAUUGAUGAUUGGUUCGAAGAGGGAGGAAUUUUGCUCAUAGGAUACGAUAUGUUCCGCAGAUUUAUUGCUCCACCGAAGUCAAAGCCAGAUAAGCCUAUGACACCUUCUCUCAUCAAGAAGUUUGAGCGGGCCAAAACUAAACUUCUUGAAGGUCCAAACAUUGUCGUAGCCGAUGAAGCGCACAAGAUGAAGAAUUAUACUUCUGCUUUGAACAUGGCUGCUACUCAGUUCAGAACCAAAACCCGCAUUGCAUUGACUGGGUCACCUCUUGCCAACAAUGUAGAGGAAUACCAUACGAUGGUUGAGUGGGUUGCACCUAAUUAUCUUGGUCCGAAGAUUGAGUUUCGAAAGAAAUACAAAGAACCAAUCGAGCAAGGGCUAUUUGCUGAUAGUACUCGAAGCGAGAAGUUCCGAAGCCAAAAAAUGCUUGAGAUAUUGAAGGCCGAUUUGUCCUUGAAAGUACAUCGUGCAGAUACAUCAGUCCUUCGGGACGAUUUGCCACCGAAAAAGGAAUUCACCAUCAAUGUUUCCCUCACUGAACUACAGAAGCAAGCAUAUAUCACGUAUGUGCGCUCAAUGUCUUCACAGAAACCUUCUCGAACAAAGUCUGGAGAGCUCAAGCAAACAACUGUGUGGUCAUAUAUCAAUAUACUGACCCUGCUUUGCAAUCACCCCUAUUGUUUCAAGGCAAAAUUGGAUGCGCGAAGCAACGAGUUGCAAGGAAAUUCUCAGGCCAAUCCCCAAACUACUACUACAUCUCGCACUCGAAAGGGCAAGCUAAUGGAACCUCAGGAUGUGACAGAUCUUGAGAAUGAUCCAGAAGCCUGGAAACUUGGGGUCUCAGAAGAUUUAAUUUCGGCAGAAGCAAAGGUUUUUAGGUCUGUAAUAGGGACUAUUACAAACCCAGAACUUUCAAACAAAGUCCGGAUCCUUUGCCAAAUACUUGAUGCUUCCAGAGCGGUGGGUGAUAAAGUUUUGGUGUUCUCUCAAACACUUGUAACUCUUGACUUUCUCGAAAUUAUGUGCAGUGAUCAAGGGAGAAAAUAUGCAAGGCUCGAUGGCAAAACUGCUAUGAACAAACGCCAGGCACUUGUCAAAGAUUUCAACUCCAACGAUUUAGAACUCUAUCUGAUUUCAACUACUGCUGGUGGCUUGGGCUUGAAUUUAUAUGGUGCUAAUAGGGUGGUCAUUUUUGACUUCAAGUACAACCCAAUUAACGAAGAGCAAGCAAUUGGCAGAGCAUAUCGUAUUGGACAGAAGAAACACGUGUUUGUUUACCGUUUGAUGGCCGCUGGUACUUUCGAAGGCAGUAUCCAGAAUAAAGCAGUGUUCAAAACGCAACUUGCUUCUAGAGUCGUUGAUAAGAAGAAUCCACUGUCAUGGGCCCAGAAAGGCUUGGGAGAAAUUCUCUUCGAACCAAGAGAAAUCCCACAAGAAGAUCUUUCAGAAUUUGAAGGAAUAGACAGCGUCGUCCUUGACACUAUUUUGAGUCUCGAAGAAAACAAGGGGGCAAUUUUGAAGAUUAUCCAAUCUGACGAUUUUGAAAAAGACGAUGAUUAUAAAAUGACACCCGAAGAGAAAAAAGAGGUUCAGCAAGAAGUUGCAGAAGAACAACUGAAGCGCUCUGAUCCUAGAGCUUACGAAUUACUUAUGCGAAAGAAACAACGAGUCGCGAUUAGUGCCGCAAAUCAACAAGUUCAACAGAGACAGCCCCAAAUGUCUUCCACUGUCAAGAGCGAAAUGAUAAUUGGUAACAAGCUUAAGGAGAAUCCGGAAAACAGAAACGGCAAUUCGGACGUAGAAGAGAUAUCAGCAGGACUUUUUGCACGGCGAGGUUUUUUUAGGCAGCUUAAGAAAAUUGUCAGGAGUACUGAUCCACUCAAAAAUGAGGACAUAAUUCGGCAAAGACAUGAACAUGUUAGGAUGGAAAUCCAAACGUUUUAUGAUGGUAGGCAUGAAUGGACCGAUAAUUUUCAAAGAAUGGUUUACCAAAGGGCUUGCGCAUUCAUUCGCGAAAGACCUGUUAUUGCUCAACAACUUUUUUCUUCAGAAUUAGGUGCUGAUGAAUUUUUGGGACAAGUUGCAUCUUGGUGGGACAAACGCUCAGAGCCAAGAUCGGCCAAUGAGCGACAAGUUCAAAUUUCAGUCUCAUCUGAUAAGCCCCAAGAGCUUCAGACUUCGGUUUCUCUGACCCAGAAUGGCAACGGACAGGUCGCAGUUAAUGACGACAAGAUUGAGUCUGUGGCUUCUAGACAAUCUGGCUCUUUGGAUUUGGCCAGAGGAGCAAGAAUGGUGGAAGAGAGGGCUGAUGCUGAUGCUUCAUACAGUCCGGUUGAGCCAGCAAUUUCUCACGCAGCCGCUUCCUCUGUCCAACAACAGCCUCUUGCAUCUAGCACGCCAUUUAAGGAACCCAAUACAUUGAUUUCAGAGGGCGGUAUGAAACCCGCAAAAAGCAAUGAUACUCCCGACUGCCCAUCCGUCCCAGAAAUCGUACCCGAAGAGCAACAUUCUCUAUCACAAAAUUCCACAGGAGAUAUCCCCAACCACAGGCCCAUUAGCUCAUUUGCCGAGGUAAUACUACACCCUGUUGUACCUUCUGCUUUGAUUACGAAUCCAGUGGGUGAGGAUAGGAUAUCACAAUUUGCGGAGAAUCAGUAUAUUGGAGCAGUGCCCUUGAACAAUUCGGUUGUGGCUACAGUCAACACCAAUGUCAAAGUGGACAAAACUGACAAACCUGAUGAUUCUCUCUCAACCACUUCAUCAUCAAGUGACGAAACCGGAAUGUUCCGAGCCAUGAAUCAACAGCCGCAAUCACUGAGGACUCCUGUGGUAACCUCCAAGAAGAAGAAGAAACAUCGGGGAACAAUGAAUUCUGAAGACUCAGAAGUAAUGCGACAGAUUCAACAACGACGGUUAGCUCGAAGAGAAAUCAAUCAUACUACUAGCCCUUUCCAAUCCAAAAAGUCUUCUACUAGAUCCUCGUAA